CCAGUCACUUGUUCACUCGGACACAAUCAAUCGCCUCGCGGACAGUCGGAGUGUCGCUACGCUACUGUGCUAAAUUAGUAGAUUUUAUGUGUAAAUCAAUGUGAAUUUAAUGUCGCCAUCAAUUUAUAAGCAAGUCCAAUGUUCUUCAAUUAACCCAGGGACGUUAUAAGUAAAUGGCCAUACACUAAGUGCUGUUGACUGAGGGAGAUGUUUUUCAAUUUGCAGAUGCAUAAUUUCACAAGAGACUCCAGGAAUUAACACACAGUUUCUACUUCAUUCUCUUCACCAUGACCGGGAAAGCACUAGGGGCCAAAGUGUCCAGCUUCUUUGAUAUACCGGAAAAGCGGAUGCAAGCAGCAGGAUCUAGUAUAAUAUCAUUUGCUUGUGAUCCCAGCCAUGAUGAUACCGCGAGAUCCAUGAAAAAGGUAUUUUACGAGAAUACGUACCAGCUAGAUCCUCCCUCAAAGUUCAGGGCUGAUAAAAUUACUCCUAUCAUCGAAGACAUCCUCAACACAAAUCUAGAAGGCCGGAAGUACGAUCCGAUAGAAUGUUCCAUCAUGUCAAAAUCUCUUGCCGACGAGAUUAAGCACAAAGUAAAAGAACUCAAUUUCAAAAGGUACAAGACGGUGUGUAUGGUGACGAUCGGUCAGAAGAAUGACCAGGGUGUUCGGAUCGGAAGUCGGUAUCUGUGGGACCACGACCGUGACAACUACGCCGCCGCGUCCUUCCACAACAAACAUAUCUUUGCCGUGGGCACUGUGUACGCCGUCUACUUUGAGUGACCUUUGUGUAAUUCGUAGUGGUUGUCUUGUAGUUCUCUCAAAAAUCAGACAUACCAGACUUAAUCGUGCGUCUUAAAUACGCUCAUAUAUUUGGAGAUAGUAAUUGCCCGAGAUAAAGCGGAAAAUAUAAUUGUUAUCAAAUGUAUUCCGUCUUUUCGUAUUGCAGAGUUAUCUGCUCUUGUGAGCAGGUAUUGAUUAUUACGUCAUUUGUUUGUGAGAGUAACGUCAUCAAUUUUUGAGAAAACGACGUCAUUUUCUCACACAAACCAAUGCCGUAACAAUCAAGAGAAGAUAACUCUGCAAUACGCAAAGACGGAAUAGAUCCAACUAGAAUUGCGAAAAUCUAGUCCCAGCAUACAGCCAUGAUAUCAGCUCUUCGUCUAUUUUUCUUGCUUCAAUGAGGACUAUCAACACUUUAUCGGGAUGAAAUCGUCUCCAAUGAAAUGACACCUACCUGUUGUAUUCAUCUAGUUUAAAAAGCUAGGAUUUAAUGGAGAGAAACACAUUGUUUUAAAAUAAUUUAUAUGGUGUUUAAUAUAUUACUAAAAUUGGUUCAAAUUAAUAACACAAAACCUCGAACUGUGUUUACUUUGUAAGUUAGCUCUAAAAUCACUUAUAUUUGAUAAAAGUUAUUUGAAAUAAGUAAAUAUGUACAACUAAUAUCUAACAAAAUAUAUUUAAUUGAAGAUAGUAAAGGUAGGAACUGACGAUGCCAUAUAUGUUUAUACACUUAUCUCCAUGUUUGAAAAAUGAAUGUGAGGAAACAAACACUGUAUAAAUACUGAUUAUACAAGUAUGUAUUGUACAACUGUACAACACACAAGAGAUGUAUCAUAUACCUGUACAAGUAAAAAGAUUAACUUAUUAUGUAUAAAUGUUUCCACAAGAUCACCGUCCAUGCUUGAUGUACAAUAUCAUACUCAUUCAUGCCAAACGAUUGUGAAGUUAAUAAAGUUAUUAUUUUGUUAUGAAGUAUGUUCUUUGUUAA